AUGCAGCUCGGCGGCGCGGCGCUGCUGCUGUGCGCGGCGGGGCUGGCCGCGGCCCCCGCGCCCGCACCGGGAGCCGGGCCCGAGCGGCGGGCGGCGGCGGGAGCCGGGCGGGAGCGGCGGGCGCAGUUCGCCUCCUGGGACGAGGUGAACGUGCUGGCCCACGGGCUGCUGCAGCUGGGGCACGGCCUGAAGGAGCACGUGGAGCGCACCAAGGGCCAGCUGCGGGAGCUGGGCGGGCGGCUGAGCGCCCACAACAGCUCCCUGGGGCGGCUGCUGCGGCAGGCGCGGGAGGCGCAGGAGCGCGGCGAGCGGCUGCGGGGCAGCGUGCGGGAGCUGGAGGGCCGCGGCCGGCAGCUGCUCAACCUCUCCGAGGCGCUGCGGCAGCGGCUGGAGGAGGUGGCGGCUGACAAGGACGCGAUCCAGGGCCGGCUGGAGCGGCUGGAGGGCCGGGUCCGUCUGGCGCUGCAGGCGCGGCCGGCCGGGAACCAGAGCGCUCGGGACCUGGGGGCGCUGCAGUCCCUGAUGGAUGCUCAGAACCUGCGUAUUGAGGAGCUUCUGCAGAAAAUCAAGCAGCAGCAGUACAAGCUGGACAAGCAGAACCUGCAGAUUAAAAGCCUGCAGAGCAAGGUCAAUCUACUAAUUCCCCUACACCACAACAAAACACAGCCUCCAAAGUGGAAGAUAAACCUGAAGAAGAGCCUCAACCUCACCAACCAGAGUCAGAAUGGCAGUGGGGAGCCCCUGCAGACACAGAGGCUCCCAGAGGGUUGCCACCAGCUCUUCCUGGCUGGGCAGCGGAGCAGUGGCAUUUUCCAGGUACAGCCCACAGGAUCUCAGCCCUUCAAAGUCUACUGUGACAUGAGCGCAGAGGGUGGCUGGACAGUGAUCCAGAGGCGCAUGGAUGGCUCUGUGGACUUUGACCAGCUGUGGGAUGCCUACAAGAAUGGCUUUGGAGACCUUCGUGGUGACUUCUGGCUGGGCCUGGAGAAGAUACAUCGCCUUGUCCAAGAGGGAAAAUACAACCUCCUGAUUGAGCUGGAAGACUGGGAGGGGAAUUCCCAGGUGGUUCAGUUUGUCUUCAGUCUUGGUGGUGAGAGCACAGCCUACACACUCAACCUGCUGGGGCCUCUGUCUGGAGAGCUGGAAAACGCCAUUGGGGAAUUCAGGCAGCUGCCCUUCUCCACUCGGGAUCGUGACCAUGACCUUAAAGCUGACACAAACUGUGCCAAACACCUCUCAGGUGGCUGGUGGUUCAGCACCUGUGGCCAUGCCAACCUCAAUGGGAAGUACUUCCGCUCCAUCCCGCGGCAGAGGCACGAGCGCAAGCAGGGCAUCUUCUGGAAGACAUGGAAGGGCAGGUACUACCCCCUGAAGUCAACCAUCAUGAAAAUCCAACCUGCAGCACUGGAAGCGGAGCCCUAAAGUUUCUACUUGAGACUUUCUCUGUGGAGCAUGGACCUGAGCUCCAUCACUCGGUGUUUACAGAAAACAACCUCCCCUUCCUAGGUUAGAAGCCCUUUAGAGGCACAACACUGCUCCUCACUAAAAGUAAAACAGCUCCACGUUGCCAGAACCUCUGGAUGGGAGUUUCCAAACCUGAAGAGGAGUCCCAGGAGGGAGAUCCACCUCCAGAGCAUGCACAAGGGUUUUCUGACCUGCCAUGUGCUGCUGCAGAAGUUGAAAUUGUCCGGUGCUUUCUAUCCUGUCUUAACAUUUCUGUACUGUGUUGAUGAGCUGGGCCUGGGGCAGGAGGGGCACAGGAAGUGUCUCACUGCUCUGGACCACAGCACUGGGUAUGGAGUCUUGCUAUAUGUCCUGUCUUUCACUGUUGUUGCCAAAUGAUGUCCCAGGUACCCCCUGUGAGAGCCCCUGGAGCCUCCUGUGCAGGGGCUGGGGGCAGUGAGCCUCAGGCAGCUCCAUCUGUGCAGCCCCUGCCCCCUGAGGUGCAGGGCUUGGUGGGAAAGCUGAGA